UGUUUUUUUUCAAGCUUCUGUCUGUGUUGUAAAGUGUCACGCCAGAUAUGUACGUAGGGUAUUUGAAGCUUGCAUCUGGGUUCGUUAAGUUCACCACAGGAUUAUUUUACCUUUUGCAAAAGGAGGCGCAAAAUGAAAUCUUGAGGCUGUGUGUAGUCAGAGGAUCAGAGCUUUUCCACGGUCCAAAUGCUUGCUCUGUCCAGAUGUUCAGCCUUGAGGAACGCGCCUUCCGUGCGCUACUCUGUCCCAUCUCUGGGGAGAGUAACCAAAAGCGGACAGCGCUCCACCACAGCCAGGUCCCAGUUUUUAGGAGCACAGUCUGCUCCGUUUCACCAAACUAAUGCCAAUUCUGCCAGUCCUGACCCAAACAAGCCCACUUCAGUGCUGUCCGAGUCUGGGCUGGAGGGGGAUCUGUUUGGGAUGGGGAUGUGGUCGCUGGGUCUGGGGGCUGUAGGAGCCGCCCUGGCUGGCAUCCUUCUGGCCAACACGGAUCUGUGUUUAACUAAACCUGCCAAGGCAUCUUUGGAGUACCUUGAAGAUGCUGACCUGCGCUCCACCACAAGUGAUGACAAGGUCAUCAAAGCAAAGAGCCUGUGGGAGGAGAACGGCGCCGUGGUCAUGGCGGUGCGGCGGCCUGGAUGAUUUUUGUGCAGAGAGGAGGCCUCUGAGCUGUCCUCUCUGAAGCCCCAGCUGGAGGAGCUCGGGGUCCCUCUGGUUGCCGUAGUGAAGGAGAACAUCGGCAGAGAGAUCCAGGACUUCAGACCGCACUUCGCUGGGGAUAUCUAUGUAGACGAAAAGAAGCAUUUCUACGGUCCACUGCAGAGGAAGAUGGGGGGUUUGGGUUUCAUUCGCCUCGGAGUGUGGCAGAACUUCAUACGUGCGUGGAGGUCUGGUUAUGAGGGCAACAUGAGCGGCGAAGGCUUCAUCCUUGGAGGAGUGUUUGUUAUUGGUCCAGGGAACCAGGGAAUUCUCCUGGAGCAUUAUGAGAAGGAAUUUGGCGAUAAGGUGAACAUUGCAGAUGUUCUGGAGGCCGUGAAGAAAAUUCAGCCAGUGACAUAGUUUUCUUUGAAACGAGUGAGAUCAGAACUUAAUUUUGUUUAAAGCUAGAGAAAAACUAAAAAGCAUGUUUAACUUACUGCAGUCAAUUUCCAUCCAUUGCUAGAAUAUUAGAGUAGACCUCUAAUAUUACAAUAUUUGCACAUUCAUUUAAUGUUGAAAUGAAGAUUUGAGCCAUUAAUGUUGUAGGAUUUGUCACUGAUUAUUCCUGUGUUCCUCUGAAGUGAAGUUUUAAAAUUCAGGUAAUAAACAUGUCAGUUUACUUGAAAUCUGCUCUUAUAGAUUCACAUCCUGUGAAUAUGAAUAACUUGAUUAGUAAUAUAGUACCAUGUUAGUGCGUUUUCUUCUUAACCUGCUUUUCCUGUUGAGCACCAUAAACACAAGCCUCCAACAUGGCAGCACGAGCGUGGUCUGUGUGUGAUAAUGACAACUUGACUCCAAACUCAGCACUGAGAAGAGCAGGUUUGAUGCUCAAACACACAGCUUCAGCCUCAGUCACCAUGUUAAGGCGUGUUUAUGCUGCCUGAAGAUGAUGUCAAGUGUUUGUGUGGGCCUGGACACGAGUAGCUACAUACAAUAAAAAUAAUACAUCACCUUCA